AGGAAGUAGCGCAUUGGCAUUUUGUAACGAUUUUUGUGAAUAAGCAUGACAACUCUGCACCGACUGCGUUUGUUUUUAACUCUUCACGGAUUUAAACAUGCAAACAAAGCCAUAUCAAACGGACAAUGUGUUAACAUUACCUCACAUUCAUGUGUCUCUCCAGCACGAGAUCUCAGCUUUCACUGUAAGAACAUAAAGGAUGAUUUUCACUGCACAGCAGCCAAAGGACACUUGCCACUGAACUGCAGUCAGCUGUCAAAGUGUUUCUGCACCAUGUCAGUCAAAAGACUCUGUUGGAACUGUGGAUCUACUGUGGAAUUAUUCUUCUGUUCAUCCUGUAAAGUGAUUCAACCUCCUGAAGACAACACUAAUUAUUUUGACCUCUUGAACUGUGAACAAGCGUUUUCUGUGGACAACCAAAAACUUCAGAAAAGAUUUGUGGAGCUUCAAAGAGUUCUUCAUCCUGACAACUUCUGCCAGAAAUCAUCGAAAGAGCAGGAAUAUUCAGAGAGACAAUCAGCGCUGGUGAACAAAGCUUACAGAAUGCUACAAAAACCUUUGAGUCGGGCUGUCUACAUGCUGAAGCUGCAAGGGAUUUUGCUGGAGGAGGGUACGGAUGCCACCGCGGACCCUCAGUUUCUCUUGGAGAUCAUGGAGAUCAACGAGAGCCUAGAAGAGACGCAGGGCCAGGACGAGAUCAAUGCUAUCGGGCAGUCGGUGCGAGAGAAACUGAAAGACUUGACUGAACAGCUGAAUUCUUCACUGAACAAAGGGGAUCUGCGGACCGCCAAAGACCUCCUGACCCUAAUGAAGUACUUCACAAAUAUAGAGGAAAAGGUGAAAGAGAGACUUGCUGAGGGUUGGUAAGGGAGUGUAAAUAAAUGUAAACUUCCUUAAUUCGUCAGCCACAACUCACUGUAAAAUGUCAUCCUUUUGCUCUGACAUUUUGAUAGCACUUUUUAAUGUUU